CCCUACUUAAUUCUAUCGGGUCAAAAUAAUAAUUUAGAAACACUGAGUUAUAAUAUGUGAAAACUCAUAUGGUUGUGUCCUGCCACAGAUUGAAGAGAGGCAGGAAAGGAGCAAAUGGGAGUGGGAGGAGAAUGAAAGGCACAAGCCUAAAUUUGAGGCAGAGAUGAAAGCCUAUGAGCCGUGGGAAAGAGGAGGAGCUGGGAGCCGAUUUAGGGAUGACCGAGGAAACCUCAUCACUAGAACACAUUACAGUGCAGUACACUACAGCUCUGUGGCAGAGCAGAAAGAACGAGAGGAGCUCGAGUUCAUGAGAAAGGCGGGGCUCCAGCAUCAACCUGAGCCUGCGCAAGCUAACCAUAGACACAGAAAUCUCCACCAUAAACCUGAUAGGCAAUUAUCACAGCAUGGCAUUUAUUCCUCUGGAAUUGGAUCAUAUCCUUCUGAUAGCCACCACUGUCCUAAAGAACAUGUUGAAAACUACAGGGAUGAACUUAAACAACAGGCUGAACUGGCGGCAGAAAUGAAAGCUUAUGAACCGAGGGGAGGAGAAGAAACUUGGGCUCCACUUAUGGUUGACCAAGGAAACCUCAUCAUUUUCUCCUUCACUCAGCCCUUACCACACGCAAAAGCAAAGUUUAGUAAGCUCCAGAUGCUUCAGCACCUCCUUGAGCAAGAGAAAGACAGGGAAAGUCUGAAACAGCAGAUAGAGGAGAAGCAAAUGAUGACGGCAGAGAGGAGAGAGCGACUGAGACUAGGGAUGAAGCGAAAGGUGGAGUGA